CUGCCCCACGCCGUCGAAACAUACGACCAUUUUUUUUAAUGGGCUAUCUUGUUGGUGGCCUUGUGUCUGCAGUGUGGUGGGAAAGUUGAUUGGCGCUUUGUUUAACUUCAGUUUUAUUGAAAAACGUAAUAUUUAUAUUUAUUUUUCACUAUGUCCGAAGAGAUUGAAGGAACAAAGCCCGCCACCGAGGAGGCAACCCACGAAGAACAAGAGGAGAUGGAUGAUAAGAUCAUCAGCCCAGAGAAAGCAGAAGAGGUCAAACUGAAGGCCAGGUACCCUCAUCUUGGAGCAAAACCUGGGGGAUCCGACCUGCUCAGAAAACGGCUACAGAAAGGGCAAAAGUAUUUUGACUCCGGGGACUACAACAUGGCCAAGGCCAAGGUGAAGAACAAGCAGCAGCUGCCCGCGGUAACCCAGGCGGAGAAGGCGGAGAUCACCGGGGACCACAUCCCCACACCCCAGGACAUCCCUCAGAGGAAGCCCUCCAUUGUAGCCAGCAAGCUGGCCGGCUGACGGGACUACCGAUGCUUGGGAACUUUUUCCUGUUCUGUUGUUACCAUUCCAUUAUUCCCCUUGUUCUCUCUCUUUCUCCGAGUCUGUUCCAAUUCCUUUCCUUCCCAUUUGCCUUAAGGAGAUACCUUGUUUUUUUUUUGGCAGUGAAGCUAUUCAUCUGCUUUACAAUAAUGUGUCUCUGAUUUGUAUGUCUCUCUGUCCUGUGUCAAUACAAGUGAAAGGUAGCUGUUACUGUAGCUCUAGUUUGCAGUAUCCUUUUAACACAGAGACUGAAUAUUAAUUAGUCUCUGGAGAAGUUGACGAUUCCAAAAUCCAGAAGUAUCCCCUCAACCCUUCAUUGUUUGAACAUCAUGAUGUCGCUUGAACGUUUUACUGAGAGGUCUGUUUAAGUAUUCUUGGGAUGUAGCCAAUAAUAAAAGACAAGGCAGUGAAU